CAGAAUCAUCUUAAAGAGCAAAUUGCUAAUGCUGGUUACAUUAGAAGUGCCUGAAACCUGAACACCAGAUACAGUUUUGGAGAGAGAGUGAACUCGAUUAACUGAAGCAAGCUCUUUAUAGUUACAGACGCAAUCCUUUUCAAAUUUGAAUUCAAAAGUGUAGUCAAUGAAGACGUGCAUGGUUUCUUGACGGGCACUGAAAGUUAGAGAGAUGCUGCAUCCCAAUUUUGAAACCAGACAUCCUCUACAAGGUGAUGAUCAGGAAACAGGGAUUGAUCCCCUUCAGAACUACAUAAAAACAAAGGCGGAUUUAUGGAAAACAGAAGAACAAAAACCUCUUCAGAGCCCGAGGGUACAUUCAGCUCCUAUAGAAAAGAAUGGGAAGAAUUAUUUUUACACAGUAAUUACCUUGCUAGGAUCAGACAGAAAGGCCUUAAUGGGCAGCUGAGGAGCAGCAGAUUUCGUAGUAUUUGCUGGAAGCUUUACCUUGAAGUUCUCCCUGAAGACAAAAGACAAUGGAUAAAUAAGACAGUGGAGCUACGUGCACAAUAUGAGAAAAUAAAAGAAACUCAUAUAACCAAUCCAAGAAAAACUGCUGGUCAGCAAGACUUGGUUGUCAAUAAUCCUUUGUCACAGGAUGAGGGGAGUCUAUGGAACAGAUUUUUUCAAGACAAGGAACUUCGUGCUAUGGUUCAACAAGAUGUCUUGAGAACGUUUCCUGAAAUGCAAUAUUUUCAACAAGACAGUGUGAGGAAUAUGCUAACAGACAUCCUGUUCUGCUAUGCUCGUGAAAAUGAACAGUUGCUAUAUAAACAGGGCAUGCAUGAACUGCUAGCCCCCAUUGUCUUCAUUCUACAUUGUGACCACCAAGCCUUUCAACAUGCCAGUGAGACUGCACAUUCAAGUGAAGAAAUGAAAACUCUCCUAAACCCAGAAUAUCAUGAGCAUGAUGCCUAUGCAAUGUUCUCACAACUUAUGGAAACUGCUGAACCAUGGUUUUCAUCUUUUGAGCGUGAGCUUCGGAAGGGUAAAGAAGAAAUGAUUACUAGCAUACCAUUUGCCAGACCUCAAGACACUGGGCCCUCUGUUGCUAUUGUAGCAAAAGUUAAUCGAAUUCAGGACCAGCUGCUCAAGAAACAUGACAUUGAACUGUAUAUGCACCUAAACAGGCUGGAAAUUGCACCACAGAUCUAUGGAAUCCGAUGGGUCAGACUGCUGUUUGGACGAGAGUUCCUCCUUCAGGACCUCCUCAUUUUGUGGGACGCUUUGUUUGCGGACAGCAUCACCCUGGAUUUAGUUGAUUACAUUUUUGUGGCCAUGCUGCUGUACAUCAGAGAUGUUUUGAUUGCAAGCAACUACCAGACCUGCUUGGGAUUACUCAUGCAUUAUCCUCCUAUUGGAGACAUACAUGCCCUCCUUCACAAAGCACUCUUUCUCAGAGAUCCAAAGAAUUUCCCUCGACCAGUAAACUACCAGUUUCAUCAAAAUUUGGACUAUUACAAGACACGAGGAGCAGACCUUAUGAACAAAACUCGAGCAACUGCAAAAUCAGCACCACUUAACAUCAAUAAGGUAUCAACCAGUCUGCUGAAUUUUGGUCGGAAACUCAUUGCCCCAGCCAUUUCGACUAAUCCAGGUAGUAUAGCUCCUGGUGUCGGUGAUGGUCCUGCUGCACCACAUCAAACACUGGUGCGAUCAAUGGUUGAACCUCCCCUGGGUAUACAGCAGCAGCAACAGCAUCAACAGCAUAGGCUGAUGAAAUCUGAAAGCAUGCCCGUGCAUCUCAGCAAAGAUGUAUUUACAGGUGGUGAUGCUCAAGUCUCUGUUCCUGUCCAGACUGUAACUGACAUCCAAGGGCAGAGUACAAAAAACAUCAGUUCUUCUCCAAGUAUUGAAAGUUUACCGGGUGGAAGAGAAUAUGCUGCUUCACCACCAUUAUCUGCAACAAAGAAAGACUCAUUCUUCAACAUCUCACGUUCCCGUUCUCAUAGCAAAACAAUGGGCAAGAAAGAAUCAGAUGAAGACUUGGAGGCCCAAAUCUCAUUUCUUCAAGGGCAACUUAAUGACUUGGAAGCCAUGUGCAAGUACAGUGCUAAAAUGAUGAAUGUACACAUUGGCAAGAUACAAGAAGUGAUAUUACAGGAACAGCUGGAGAAAGAGGAUGAAGUUCUUGUCGCCCUUGCUGGCCUCAAACAGAUUAAGGACAUUUUGAAGGGGUCACUGCGCUUUAACCAGAGUCAAUUGGAGGCAGAAGAAAAUGAAGAAAUCACCAUAGCAGAUGAUCAUUACUGCUCCAACAGUCAUGCUGCAGAAACUGAAAACAAUGUUGAUCAGGAGAAGUCCCAGUUUGUGAGAAAUCAGGAGGCUACCUCCCAGACUUCCCUAAACUCGGAGAGCAGGAGCUCAGAUGACUACAUUUUGUUAUGCCAAGAAGAUGACGAUUUAGAAGAUCAGACAAUUAAAGGCCCAAGCAGCAUCUUUCCAGGUGAUCACCCACAUUCCCAUUUUCUUAGGAAGGGAAAAGUGAUCUUAAAAUCGGGAGAAGAUCACAAACCAAAUCCCAGCUUCUCUGACCCAUUAAUGGGGCCAACAUCGGCGUCUUCCAGUACCUCCGGCUCAAGCCCAGAUGAUGACAGCAGCAAUAGCAAGGACUCUGAUUUUACAAUCGUGAACCCUAUGGAUAUUUAGAUACUCUAUCAAAUGAUUAUCUUUAUGCAUAAGUAAGCAUCGAAAGACUCUGCGCUUCCUUCCUCUCUUCGUUCAUUUCAUCUCUUAUUCAUCAUCUCACAGCCACUUGUAUGGAGACGACUGCCUCAAAAGUACUAUACAGGAGAAAGGACAUGUGGUUCAAAUGUUCGAUUUCAAAUGAGGUCUUGUGUGAUUCUGAACAAAUGUGUCUUGUGAAAAAUGAGUACGAUUUCUACAGAUACACAAUCGGAAUUCCUUUUGGGGGUCUGCUUCAGCUGUUCCUGACGUCAUUGUCUUUUUUUAUAAUCAUGAAAGCAGUUUAAAUGUUAAAAGGCAAGAACUCGACCGCCCUAACAGUGAAUGCUUCGUUUUUGUUUCUCACAGAGUUCUGUUGUCUGUGGUAGACACAUUUAUUUUUGUAAACUCCCAGCUUCCACAUUUUGAUUUGCAGUUUCUUUCCCUUGCAAUACACACUCUGCUACUGCAAAGCUUUUGAUCAAAAUAAAGUUCAACUCAAGACUGAGACUGAUGGCUGCUCGGUCACCAGCUUCUUUGCAUUGGUGACGUUACCUCCCGAAUGCUGGGGAGCACUUUGGAGUCACCAUCAAAGAGAAAUCUGAAGACAGUGAAGGACAUUGUCAGGAAGUGUCAAUUUACAGAGAAAUAUUUGAGCUGGAUGGGCAGGCUAGAUGGUACAGAAGACGACUAACAAAUAUAAAAUAUGACUAACAAAUAUGACAUGCUUCCCAAUCCAUAUGCCACACAGACAUAACCACAAAUGAAAAUGAUUGUGUAUGUCUGUUGAUUACAAUUUUGACAUAAACAGGAUUAAAAAAAAUACUUUGACAACUUUUUUUUUUUUUUACUGCUUUUACUUGUGUUCAUUUUGCUCCGCCAAUUGCUUCAUUGCAUUCCUGUGUUGCUUUCAGAGGGAGUGUUUUUCACUUUCCAGUGUCUGACUAAAUGUGGUAACUGGAUGAGCAAAUUCAAGGGGAGCCUUUCUCUGGUGGGUACAAACUGCUGUAUAUGAGCUCUGGCUGAAAUUCAAAACUGUGCCUUACUACAUUCCUACCAUUUCAAAACGAUGCAAAUGCCACUAAACAUCCAUGUGACCCCUAAUGAUUACAAGAAAAAAAAAAUGGUGAUAUGCCAGGAUUUGAGAAAAUCCCCUUCAUCCGCUGAUGUUGUUACGGGAUUAAGGCAAAUCCCAUUAGGCGUAUCCAGAUACAACUAAUUUUCUGCAGUGCUCAGUUCCGUGAUUAGGAAAUGGCAGAUGAUCCCGUCUGCUCCAAGCAGGUAUUUUAUGUUUAUUUUUUUUUUGGUGAGAGGGGGUUCAGCUGGUCUAAUAAAAUCCAAUUAAUUUCAAUUUAGCCAUAUAGGCAUCGUCAAAGGUGGAACUGUACUUCUAUCACUAAAAAGCACUGAUCUCUCCCUCCGUGACGUUUGUAUGUCUGUUGUCUCGGCUCCGUCAUGCUGUCUGGCGCGCUGCUGUACGUCCACAAUGAUCGGCAGUCACGUCCGCGUUUACCAUUUUAUUUACCGUGUCUGUAGAAUGGACUGGCAACUACUUCUGAUGUACAAUUUUAUUCAUGAAUGUAGAAAAUGUACAAUUAAUUCCAAAAUUAAAUGAAUAACAAGCCA